UAAUAAAACAUUACCAUAAACCCGUGUUAAGGUUAUUGCUUACGCCCAUGUGCUACGUGGACAUUCGAAUGACUAGGAAAUUGAUGUGAUUGAUCCAUUUUAUUGUCUAUGUUUCAAAAUAAAAGAGGUCUCUCCAGCUUUAAAGAAAGUGUGUAAUAUGCUGUUUGGCUAACAUCCGUGAAAGUUUAUUUUUCUAAAAUGAGGCGAUCCCAUUCUGGAGGGUAUGCAUACGAGCCAGUACCAAGUACAUCUAGUGCAUCCCUAGAAGACGAAAAUGAACGAAUCACUGACAAGCUCAAAGAUAAAAUUCAGACCCUUAAGUCAUUAUCCAUUGACAUUGGUGCUGAGGUGAAGUACCAAGAUAAAAUAUUACAUGGAAUGGACGAGGAUUUCGAAAGAACUGGAGGCUCUUUAUCUUCAUCUAUAUCUCGCGUUCUACGACUAGCAAAGGGAGGACAUAAUUAUUAUAUUCUGUACCUUUUUUUGUUUUCGAUAAUGGUAUUCUUUAUUUUAUGGAUAUUCAUAAAAUUUAAAUGAGAUGAGUUCAUAUUUGUAUGACGUAAAGUUAUAGCUUUUAUCAAGAAAGCAAAUUUAUAAAAUAAAUGUGCGAUAUAAAAA